AUGUUUAUGAAUGUUUGCGGAGGUGUUCGUGUUAAGGUUUUCUUGAAAAUUCUAGGCAGGGAACCUAUCACUUUUGACAAUCUUGGAAGCGCACUUAGGGAUUUCGCUCUGUCACUCAGAACUGAGAGUCCAUCGGUUAUACUAUCUCAUAGAGAUGAAUUAUUGCCUUUUGUCCCAUAUUUUCGACCCAGUGAAGUUUGCCUUAUUGCACAUGGGUACCAGCACGUAGGACUUAAAUCCAUAGAAUGGUGGAACAAAUUCGCCACUGAAUCUGUGCAAACAAUGUUUGAUAUGGAUGGAAAGGAAAUGGCAGGGCUGCUUUAUUCCUUCUCAAAGUUGGACACUAACAAUUCAUUGAUUAAAAAAUUCGCCGUUGUACCACAUCUAGUUGAGCAAAUUAAACCUUGGAUAAACAUCCUAGAGCCAACAGAUUUGGCCCUAACUAUCCGUGCAUUAUCAUCAUUGCAAAUUGACAAUCUACAGGUUUACCAAAGGGCAUUAGACAUUUCAGACUCCUUUAACUUACUUGAUAUUCUGUUUUUUAUCCAUUCCAACUCACAGAGUAGGGGCUUUAACAUGAAUUUCUACCAAAAAAUGUGCCAACACUCAAUAAAAUUUGUAACUGAAAUGGAUAUACGACACAUAAAAUCAAUAGCAACUACUUUAUCUGUAGGCGGGAUCAAAUCUCAUCAAUAUUUUAAUAUACUAGGCAAGCAACUUGAGCACAUAUCUCACUAUCAAUCAAUAAAUUUAUCUGAUCUAAUAUCAUUGAUAAUGUCAUUUACUAGGCAAUGUUUCCCAUUAGAUACAAUAAUGCCAAUUGAUAGGCAAAUAUAUGUAACAACACUCAAAAAACUGGGAAUGACGGAUGAAACGAUUAUUUCACUUGAUAAAAACGAAAAUGAGCCAGUUACAUAUCCGUUACCCUCUACUAAAAAGUUUUUUGAGGACCAAAUUGCGAGGUUCAUCCCCUCGUUCGACGACAAUGAUAUGUCAAUUGUCACACGUGGAAUAUCAAUGCUACGCCUUAACUUACAGCCAUUAGCCCUGGAUGAUUUAUUUGACGCGCUAGUAAACCAGCUGAAAUCAGGACUAUUUACUGGUGCCAAACUCGCCAACCUAGUACUAUCUACUGCCACAAUAAAGGGGUCAAAAAAUUCUUUCUGGCAGGAAUUGGAUAAUUGCAUUAGAAACCAACCAGAUGUCACACCAGAAAUUUGUGCUAGAAUACUCACAGCUAUUGGCAACUCUCACAAUUUUUCAUACUCCAGGACUAGGAUAAGCAGUGAGUGCAAGAAGGUCGUCCUUUGUAACUUAAAUCAAUUAAGCACUCGUGCUAUAUCAGCACUUUGUAAAAGUUUUGAGAAAACCUACGAUACACAAUCGGCCAGUAAUCCAAAAUUGGCAGAUGAAAUUAUUAAACGGGCCGGUGAAUUCAUUUUUUGGGAUUUAUCACCAAUCCUAAGUAUGUAUGUAACCUUGGGUAUUUGUCCACAAAACGUAUACAAUACGCUAAAAGAUAGAUACAACAAUAUUAAACACAGCAUGGAUAACAAAUCCAGAAUGAAUAUAGAAAGAUUGAUAAAUCGCAUAGUACACUCAUGA